UAUGAUUCUGAGAAAAAUAACGAUGUGGUAAAAGGAAUAAAACACCCUUUAAAUAAUAGUUGGAGUUUCUGGAUGUUUACCAAUAAAAAGUCUGUCUGGGAACAAAAUCUUAUAAAACUGACUACGUUUGAAACAGUUGAAGAUUAUUGGUGUUUGUAUCAUCAUAUGAAAUGUCCUACUGAACUCGAUCUUGGGCAAGAAUACGCUAUAUUCAAGAACGAUAUUCGUCCUAUGUGGGAAGACAAGGCCAACAAAUUCGGUGGCCGGUGGGUGACAUAUUUUGAAAGAAGACAAAACUCAGAUCUUGACUCUGUGUGGUUGUAUGUGGUACUUCUUUUGAUUGGUAAUAACUUUGAGAAUACCGACGCUAUUUGCGGAACAGUUGUGAGUAUACGUCAGAAGAGUAAAAUAGGAAUCUGGGUAUCUGAUUCGAGAAACAAAGAAGCUGUUGAGGAAAUUGGAAGAAAAUUAAAAGUUAGUUUGGGCAUCCAAAACAAAAUUUACUUUCACGCACAUAAUACUAAUAAAAACUUGUUCACUUUUUAACCUAUGUAAAAUUUUA